AUGAUUAGGUCCUUCAUUGAAGACUCUGGAGCUAACAUUAAGAUCUCCCCUCAGGAUCACAACUAUAUUGGAUUAAAUGAUAGGCUUCUAAAAAAGCACCAUUACCUUCUGAAACAGUUAGAGAAUGUAUCCAAUGCCUUAGCUGCUAUUUCUGCUCCUGUUUUAUCUGAUGUUAGUGAACACUAUUACAAAGUUACUGCAGAGGCAUUAAGAACAGUAUGGUACAAAGGGAAAGUAAAGAAGUUACAUUGGAAGGGAGAGUUCUGUUUGAUUUACUUCAGGUCAUUUCUUCUAAUAAAUGUUAUUGAACAGGUAAAGUUGAUGGAAGAAAGGAAUAUGAAGCCACUUGAUUUAAAUCUUGCAGCAUUAUCAGCAAGAUGCAGUAAAGACUUGGAGUUGAAUUUGGCUAAGUCAUUAUUGAGUGAGAUGGGCCAAUGUACAACUGCUUAUCCAUAUAAUCAGCUGUUUGGAGCAUUAGUCUUAAAGAAUUAUGAAAGACAAGAUGCAACUUUACUUAGUUGGAAUUUGAUGUACAUAGUAGAUUAG